UCCUGUCAAAACGUCACAUGGCAAACAUGGCAGCUUUCUUGAAUCGGCUGCAUCACAUCUCGCUCCACGUUUCUAACGCGGAAAAAGUGGCCAGCGACCUUGUUUCUAAAUUUAAGUUUAGUCUGUUUGCCACCAGACUGACCGACAGAUCCACACAGCUGGCUUUCAGGAAAGGAGCAGCUGUUUUCAUCGUGAAUGAGAGACCAAACUACAGCAAUGUGAGAAUGAAUGAAGAUCCGCGCGUGGUCAACAUGGGGAAACACAACCAGGAUUACUCUAUUAAAUGUUUGUACGAUGUGAGCCCAAAUCACCCGGUGGAUACUGUCAGCAACGUGUGCUUCGAGGUGGAGGAUGUGGAAAGGUCAUUCAUGGCUCUUCGCAACCUGGGCUGCAAUUUCGUGGUGCCGCCCACAACAGUUUUGGACGAGUGUGGUCCUGUCACCUACUCGGUGGUUAAAUCCAUUGUGGGAAAUGUGUGCCACACACUGAUUGACAGGACAAAAUACAAGGGGAGCUUCUUGCCUGGCUUUGAUGUCAUUGAAAAGGACUGCAGCUCGCCAGAGAAGGACAUGUCUUGUCCCAUCACACAUUUUGAUCACAUAACAUAUGCCUGUCCCAGGAAGACAACCCACCAGGUCAUGAGGUGGUACGAAAAGCUCUUUGGGUUUCAGAGGUUUUUCAUUGAUAGUGAUGAAGAUGUGGACGAAGGUUUUGUCAUAAACCAGGAGGGUAUUGGACUACGUCUGACAGCCAUGGAGUACUGGAAAUGCAGCAAAGCUGGAAUCUUGCUCCCCUCUGUGGACAGAAAAGAGCCUGACUGCAAGUUUGUCAUUGCAGAAUCACUGCCUGAACAAGGCAGGAAUCAGGUCGACACCUUCUUGGAGCAGCACAGAGCUCCGGGGAUCCAGCACAUUGGGCUGUACACAGAAAACAUUGUUUCUACUGCAUCUGCAAUGGCUGACGCUGGUGUCCAGUUCUUCUCCCCUCCUCAUGCCUACUACACCAAGGUGGGGAAACAGCAGGAGAUAGAGGAGGCAGGACACAACCCCCAGAUGCUGGCGCAGCACGGCAUUCUCCUGGACACAGCCCUGCACCGGGAUCCCUCAUCGGAGACAGCGCCCAGUGAAAGCAAAAGAUACCUUCUCCAGGUGUUCACCAAGCCCAUCUUCGCAGAGGACACCUUCUUCCUGGAGUUGAUAGAGCGAAGAGGGGCGACGGGUUUUGGGGAAGGGAACAUCAGGGCACUGUGGAGGUCGGUGCAGGCGCACAUGGAGAGUCAGAGGGGGGAUUCUCGAGGAGAGGGAUCCCCAAAAACUGUGCAGACUGCGCAGUAUUAGUCAAUCCAAAUAUUUUUAACUGAGGUUUUAUUUUUGUUGUUUUGUACAUAUCAAUGUGGGAGCACUUACUGGGGGGGAAAUAUAUAGAAUGUAUAAAAAUUGUAAUAUAUUUAAUUUUCCACAAGUGCUCUGUCUAUUUCAGUUCUGGAUUUAGUGGUAAAUUUCACGUUAAAUGCUGCAUUCCUAACAAGUACAAAUUAUAUAUUCUUUUAAAGGAAUACCUUAGUCACAAAAUCCAUUUGUAUAUCAGUUGUCACCCCGUAUUACAUUGAAUUUUGGAAGAGAACUUUGCUUCUCACAUGCCUUCAUGGUGAACGGAGAAUCCAAAAACAGCAAACAUUCUUGAUGAAUUGAACUAAAGGGGCCAUGUUUAAUAACAGCAAAACUACGUCACAACAUCUGUUAGCAAACUCUCACACAACUCCAAGUUUCACCAAUAUUAAUUUAUUUUGGUAAAACCUUGAACGUGAUCCCCCUUUAAUUCAAUUCAUCGAGAAUGUUCAUUUUUGGAUUCUUUGUCCACCAUGUAGGGCAUGCGAGAAAAACAAUACUUUCCUCACAAAUCCAACGUAACGAGCAAUGAGUAAUUCAUGUACAAAUGGUCAUUUUGUGGGUGAAGUAUUCCUUUAAUGUCUAGCCUCGAACAUGACUGAACAGAUUAAAGGCUUCAAACUGCACUAUGAACAAAGUUAUGCAAAAACAGACUUUAUGUAAUUUACUUGACACAUUAUAACAAAAAUACACUCUCUGUAGUAGUUAAAGAAUGUCUAUGUUUUCACUGUUUCACAGCAAAUCAACUGACUGACUCAACAGCAACUGUUCCUCAAUAAAUCCGUUACUCACCCCAGGC